AUGAUUACUCUAUAAGAAGUAUUUGGAGAAAAUUUAUUGAAAUCACCACCUAAUUUAGAAAUGGCAGAGAAUCAUAAUGUAAAAUUAUAUUAUACUAAAAAAGAAAGCUUAAAUUAUCCAUGAAGCAAUUGUAGAAAAAUCAGAAAGAUGUUCUUGCUGCAAUCAGCCUAUUUAAACAAUGAAGUAUUCCAAAUGAUCUGAUUUAAAUGUCUUCCUUAAAUAUGGAAGCUAAUUCAAAUAUUUUUUAGUAUUGAAGGUUUAUUUUAUACUACUUAGUAUGUAGUUGUAAGUAUAAUAUUUAUAUAAUAGUACUAUCGCUGGAUUAUACAAUUUAAUCUAAAACUACAAAGGAGAUUUAUGCAUUAAUAGUAAAGAUUGUAAAAAGAAUUUAAAUAAUUAUUUAUCAAUAGUAAAUAGAGUAGACUGUGAAAAGUAAUAUAUAAUAUUAAUCAUUAGUUAUGAAGAUGAUUACAUUCUAGAUAUAUUAUAUCUAGUUUCAGCUAUUAUGUAAUUAGUUUUCCUUUGAUAUUAUUAAUGCUAUUUUGUGGAUUAUCAAUAUGAUAUUGAAAAAAUAAUUAAAAGCUGCUCAUUUAAAAUUUAAUCUAAAAGAUUGA